UGUGUAUGGCCGAGUGUGUGCUUGUGUGCGAAUGUAGUUCGCGCACUACUCAGCAGGUCUGCACGGAGCGACAUCGCCGGUAGAUUCCCUAUACGUGAGCGAGAAAGAGAAAGAAACAUCGGCAGCAGCAACGACGGCGCUGAAACAUCCAACUGUAGAGCGUACAAUAGGCCCGUGGCCAGCGUUCAACACUACAGCACUUAUAUAUAUACACAGAGUUGUACACAGACGUCAGUUGCAGUUCUGAGCGUCGCUCAAGCCGUGUGCAAGCCAAUAUCCUCGACGCACGAGAUUGUCGAGAGAACGAGGAAACGAAAGACGAAGAGAGCGAAAGAGAGAGAGAGUGAAUUUUAGGAGACGAACCGCCGUCGAUAGUGUGAGCAAAUAAGUCGAAAACUGCCGAGUUUUGCUGCGAGCCACAGUACCCGGUUACGCCACGACCAUAAAACUACCUUUACUUACUUCGCUUUUGCAUAUAAAAUAUGUCGGACGACAAUUCUCCCGUGGUUGAGGAGCCCAAGAAGAAGCGCGGAAGGCCUGGCAAAGCUGACAAAGCCAGCAGUCCUGCCAAGGACGCCAAAAAACGAGGCAGACCAGCUGCUGAGAAAAAUAAUUCGGCAAAAAAGUCCGACACUGAAGAUGAUGCACCCGCAGUGCCAGCCAAGAGAGGGCGUGGACGACCUAAAUCUACCCACAAAAAGAAGCCGGCUGCAGUAAAAUCUACUGGCCGAGGUCGUGGUCGACCGAAGAAAGUAGAAGAGAAGCCUGAAAGUACAGGCGAAGAAGAAGAUGAACAAGAAGAGGAAGAAGAAGAAGAAGAAAACUGAAUAUGAAAAAUUAUUUAAAAAUUAUAAU